GAAAAAUGGCCUAUUGUACCAUUAAUAAGCCAUUGUGGAGAAAAAUGUAGAAGUCAAUGGUUUAAGAGAAAGUAUUUUAAUUUUAUUUAGAUAUUUUACUGACUUUAAUGGUUAUCACAACUAUUAAAAACUUGAAAAGGAUGUUAAUUAGUCCAUAACACUUGGAAUUUUGAAAUUUAGUAGUAGCUCUCAAAUGUUGCCUGCCCUGGGCAAGUGUUAGUUUACUCUUCUUUUUAUUGAGUCAACAGGCGACAUGCCUGAACCCUUACCCAUUGGGCAAGUGAGAAUGAAAAGUCACUUGCCUUGCAAAAAAAAUUACUUGUCCCAUAUGACUGGAUGGCACUUGCUUUACUGGGACAGAAUUAAUGGGUUAUUGUAGAAAGAUGACCUAUCUAGGGAGCUGGCCAUUAGUAGAGGCUCAUCCUGGGAGGCUCAGCUCCUGGUAGGGGUACUUCUGGGUUAAAUAGGUUGUGCAGCCCCGAAGGGUAAUGGUUUUUCAGCUGUUUUGGUCAUAAAUAGGGUAUCAAUUUUGGCCAUUUUGGUCAUAAGUAGGGUAUGGUUUUUGCACUCUAGUCUUAAAUUGGGUGUGUUUUUAAGGUGAAACUACGUUUUCAUCAUUAUUGAUAAGACCAUCAACAAAAGCCCUUCACAAAUUAUGUUUAUGGGAAUUUAACAUUGGGCCUGAACUAAGGAACUAAUAAUAAGUCAGGUCUGAAACUGGGUAUUGAUUUAAGGAUCAUGUCAUAAAUAGGGUAUUGAAUUUUUGGUCACGUCAUAAAUAGGGCAGAGAAAAUUGCAGAUUUUGGUCAUAAGAAGAGUGAGGGUUUUGGGAAGUGGGCCACACAACCCCACCCAGUUUUUGUGGGAGUACCCACCCCGAGGCUCAGCUGUAUAUCUCACAGUAAUUGUUAAAUUAUCUGCAACUGACAAAUCAGUUGUAUGCUGUAGAAAUGCUAGGGGUGGUAAAGGUGUUCUUGAGAUUUUUGAAUGUGCCUUGUCAAAUGAUCUUUCCUCCCUUUGGCCUCGUCAGUCUGGCUACUUUUGACAUAAUUUUUUUACAAAAAAAAUGUCUUACAAGAAAAUCAAUACAGCUCCUGGCUCCAAUUGUUGAAAGGGUGGAUACAGCUAUCCAUUACACAGCCACAGAAUAGUGAUUUAAUCUGUAGCAUUAGAUAUGAAAAGAAAUAGAUGUCCAAAUAUUAGCAAAUAGUUGUACAAACCUUGUGCUACUUUUUCAACCAAAUAUCAGUAGUAGAUCCAUACUAAUUCUGAGCAGCUCACACAAGUUUUCCCGUGCUUUGAUUUGGCGAAAUCGGAAUGUAUUUGCAUGGAGUUCAAAUUGGUUUUCAAUUUGGUUUUGUCCUGAGUCUGACUCCUCUGUGAUUGGCCAAAGUGAUUACUUUGGUCUUGGUUUUACAAUACUUAGUUGAAAAGCAUUCUUUAACCCAACAUUUUAUACAUGGUCAAUUUGUGGAAAAGUCGCUAAAUUUAGUGAUGUUGUUGCUUAGUUCGUGUCAAAAAAGCGAAGCAAAAUGUUAUAGGCAAUCCUGAUUGUGCCAUAUAUAAAGGAUAUUUCAUGACGCUUAUAUCACAUCUUAGACAUGUUGGACACGGAAGAAUCAUGGCUGGGUUGAUGAAUUUUGCUCUGAAAAUCCUCGUCGACUUUUUUGAUAAAUUCGGUCUCGUUUACAAAAGAAAUGUUGGAACCUUCUUAAGCUACAAGCUUGGUAAAGGCCACACAGUAACCCUUCCUCCGUCAACACCACAUUUGACGAUAAGUCCUACUUUUCUUGAAGGCAAGAGAGUUCUUUUCGUGGGAGAUGUUCAUGGUUGUUUCGACGAGCUCAAAGAGUUGUACGAUAAAUGUGCAUAUCCUGGCACGGAUAUUGUUGUAGUCUACGUGGGUGACCUUGUGUACAAAGGUCCGAAGACUUUGGAUGUAAUUCGCUUUGUGAGAGAGACCGGCUCGUUCUCUGUCAGAGGGAAUCAUGAACAGUCGAUUUUAACAGAAAUCCUUCAUAAAAGAAGAAACGAACCCGUUAGAGAUAAACGGAGAAUUGUUUACGACCUAACCCUGGAGGAUGAAGAAUUCUUGGAAAAUCUUCCCUUCACGAUAAGCAUUCCUUCGUUGAAUGUGCUGGUAGUUCAUGGUGGUUUGCUGCCAGGGGUACCCCUGACGGAGCAAGACCCCUUGGGUAUGAUCUUCAUCAGAAACUAUAACCCAGAGAAAUUUCAAGGAACGGCGAGCACAGGCGAUGGUUUUGCUUGGGCGUCCGUAUGGAAUGGUCCCCAACAUGUUGUAUUUGGACAUGAUGCUCGGCGGGGGCUUCAGUUGCAUGCACAUGCAACUGGUAUUGACACUGGAUGUGUAUAUGGUAAUCAUUUGACUGGUAUUCUGGUGGAGGAUGGGGUAUGGAACAACAGAAAAUUAAUCCAAGUCAAAGCAAAAGAAAAGGAGAAGUGCCAUUUAGAGGAAAGCAAUGGAAAGUAAGAGAGAUGGCAUGGCCGAGUGGCUGAGGCUUUUGGAUUUGAAAUCUGGAGGUCCCUGGUUCAAAUCCUCCACCGUACCAAUAUCUGAAUUUGUUCUCGGUAGUCCUGAGUUCAACUCCUCGACCACAUUGUGUACAGUAAAUAGCCAACUGGUCAACCUCCCAUGUUUGCAUCCACAUAGUGUACUGCAAUCCUUAUCCAGUUUGUAUCGAGAAUUUUUUGGACGGAUUUGAUCGCCGAUUUGGUCCCCCACAGAAGGGGCAAAUUACAUCACGAGCGCAUGCACGCAUUCACGUAUAGAUUCAAAGUGUGUAUGAUUUCUGCAAAGCUGCAUGUAUUUUGACCUGCUAGCCUUUGACAAAGAGUAACUAAAGCCUGCGUUACCAGGAAAGAAUGCUUUGUAGCUGGGCGACGGCAAAUGUCCAUGAGUUGUGGUUAGAAAACAAAUCUUCCAUGUAGCUCAGCAAAAUAAUGGCCGUGAUGACCCUCAGAAAAUAAAUUUACGUGGUCAGAAAAUAAAUUCUCUGAUUUGUAGCUCAGCAAAUUCGUUGUGGCCAUAAUUGGUUGUCAGAAAACAAAGUUUCCGUGUUGUGUAUCUCACCAAAAGACCUUGCUUUGUGAUCAGAAUGGUUAAUAUAAUUCACCUUUUUCAUUUGUGAAAACAAGAUGUAAAUUCCAGCAAUGUAACCAAAUACAAACACAAAAUUUAAAAACAUUUGGUGACGUGCUGUCUUGCAGGAUCGCAGGUCAAAACUUUAUUUUCUCAAGAAACAAGCUUAUUUGUUACAAGUGUUGGGAUCUGAAAUUGAAUUCUAAGAGUCC